AAAUUACACAAAUGUAAUUAAAUUACACAAAUGUAAUUAAAUUACACAAAUGUAAUUACAUUACAAUAGUGUAAUUUAAUUACUUUGGACAUCCAUUACAAAUGCUCAAAAUAAUGAGUAAUUAAAUGGAACUUAAUUCCAAAUGCUGAAAAUAAUGGAUAAUUAAAUGGAUUUCAAUUACAAAUUAUAAAAGUAAUAUGUAAUUGAAUGUGUAAUUUGGAGACAAAAGUAUUUGCUGCCACCCAUCUCUGCGUUCAAGGUCGCGCUAGCUGGAGGUGCUUGAAGAUUACAUCUUAAUGAUAGCACGUGUUACUCUCUUCUACUCCCCCUUCCUGACUCUCUCUCUCUCUCUCUCUCUCUCUCUCUCUUCGAGGCGAAAGACCCUUGUAUCGAUCUUCAAGGCCUUCGACAUUCAACAAAAUUCUUCAUUCGACGUCUCUGAUAUUUCUCCACCCUGCGAAUGUUAUCGAUUAUGCAUAAAUUAUGCGAAUUAAUUAGAAUGAGCUGCGACACAAGAGUUCUUGAAUUUUUCCAAGAAAAACAGUGAAGUAAAACACGAAAGGUUUUACCUCAUUCGCUCCUGCUGCGUGCUGCAAAAUGAUGUAUAACGUCGCAGUAUUUCAUGCAUCCUAUCGACAAAGUGUCAUCCGUAUUUUAAAAUUCUGCCGUUAACUGAAUUUUUAGGUCAAUCGUUACGAUACGGUGUCUACAUGUGCCCUGUAAUAAUAACGCGAGGGUGCCGCCGAGCGGCUUGAUACAGUUCGGGUUACAGGUUUCGCACGUCGGUGCUUAUUUGCAUCGCGAUUAAUACUUUUAUGCAAACGAGUGCUUGAUCCGUGGCCAAUUGUACUCGUAUCCGACGUUAACAUACAUGUAGAUGCAUUCUUAUCUUACUGCGUCUUAUCUCGAUCGAUCAACUUCGCGCGCACGUUGCGGUUUUCUUUAUUAAUAAAUUAUACGUAGAUUUCACAGUCGUAGACUGGGAGACAUCGAUGCUGCCUUUAAUACUAUCGAAACAUGAAUUGCAACUCUAUACUCUCUCUCUAAAUAAAUAUUUUUCCUUUAGAUAUAUCUAAAUAUUAUAAAUAACUGCUGGAAAAAUAAUUUUUAUAAAUAUAACUCAAAACUUUUAUAUAAGUAUUUAUUAUGCAAUUUGAUCAUAUGAUUAUUAUCUCCGAAAGAAAUAAGAUUUUCAGUGUCACAUGAUUGACCCUAUUUUUCGCAUACGUCCCUCAGAAUAGAGAGGCAUAGAAUCGCGAGUUUUGCGUCGAGUACAAAGGGUGAAAGAGCGCAAAGGGUUAAAGAGCGCAGGUCCCUCACGACUCACUAUGUCGACCGCGAAUCCAAGAAAAUGAACCCAAGGCACCGAGGUGAGGGCGGGCGGUUGUGGAGUAAGGCGAAACGUAGGGCGUCACGCGAAGCAACCCCCGUGAAACUGGAGGUGGCUCGAGAAAUCGCCGCGGUACGUUCCCUGGCGGAUUCGAGCCAGUCUGCAGGAUGAGGCGCGCGACGUGGCUGCUUUUCGCGUCCACCCUGCUUCUCGUCCAGAGGAUCCAUGUUAGUCGCGCUCAGAGAACCCACGCACGACAGGGUCUCAACCGUGAGAGCCCGACCGUUACGAUACCGAGUCAAGGAAGCGUUCUUGGCAAAGAGGUAGCUAUCAGUAACUCGUUAAGACUGACGCAGUACCUCGGUAUCCCUUACGCGCAACCCCCGGUUGGCAAGCUUCGCUUCACGCGACCGGUGACCGAUCCUCUUCCUUCCUGGAACGGCGUGAAAAAUGGAACACAAUUCGCACCAUCUUGUCCACAAGCUUCGGGUCAACUUAAAUUGCACGAAAAGCUGUACAAGCGAUUGCUACCAUCAGACAUAUCCGAUCCAGGAUUCAGCGAAGAUUGUCUCUUCUUGAACAUUUUCGUCCCAAAUGAAGGAAACCGUCAGAGUGACCAAUGGCCGGUGAUGGUUUGGUUCCACGGUGGUGACUUCAACACCGGAACUGCAGCGAUCUGGGAUGCCUCUGUAUUCGUUACUAAACAAAAGGUGCUAGUGGUGACGGUGGCAUAUCGAUUAAACAUCCUCGGAUUCUUCACGACGACAGACACCGAGGCGUCCGGGAAUUACGGCAUGUUUGAUCAGAUCGCUGCCCUUGACUGGAUAAAGCGGAACAUCAAGUACUUCAACGGCUCGCCUAGUAACAUCAUCAUUUAUGGUCACAGUUCCGGUGCCAUAAGCGUGGGCCUACACAUGUUGAGUCCUCUGAGUAAAGGCAAGUUCCACAAGGCAAUUGCUAUGAGCGGGGACGCCAUCGGUUCCGUAGGUACGCUCGACAGAGAGAAACCAAUCGUGGACAUCAUAGCAGAUAGAUUUGGAUGCGACCGACGACCGACUAGUGCGCUAAUGGAAUGCUUGCGUCGGCCGCAAGCUGACUUCUUGAUCAAGCAUUCGUCUGACAUCGAGACGUGGGGCCCGAUCGUUGACGCCGAAACAAACAAUGAAACGGAACCGUUUCUUGCGCAACAUCCGAAGGACAUCUUGGAAAAUGGUAAUUUUAAUGCGGUGCCGCUGAUCGUCGGCUACACGAAUAACGAACAAGUUCUGGCGUAUAUGGAGACUAUCAACAGCCAAAAUUCAGAGGGUGGACUCUCUUCGGAAAACUUUGAAACGAUGAUCACCGAGGAAUUCACGGCGGCGGUGCAAAACCCGGAUGACAACAGCACCUGCGAAUCAAAGCCCGAGAUGGUGACGAACGCGGUACUGUUCUUCUACAGACCAUAUCCAUCCACAACAAACACGACGAUAUUUCGCGACAGAUACUUGGAUCUGCAAACGGAAAAGAAUUAUGCAGCUGGCCUGACGUUUCUGGCCAGCAAAGUAGCGAAGCGAAAAAAGGCAAUGGCUUUCGUAUAUCGGUUCGAUUAUCGUCCUAAAACACAACCGGUCACGAAGGACGUGCCGGAAUGGGCGGGCGUACCACAUAUGUUCGAACUCCCAUUCAUCUGGGGUCUACCGCAUCUGAUGGGCGGCACGACGCAAUGGAUAUUCAACGAUAAGAAAAUGUCCGACGUGAUGAUGGCAAUGCUGGCGACGUUCGCCAAGACCGGAGAUCCCUCUUUGACGAGCUCUACAGGAUCGAUCAAGUGGGAACCGUACACACAGGACAAUCCAAGAAUUUUGAUCAUUGAUAAAAACGUGGAGAUGAACGAGCCAGAUGCGGUGGACUAUAAGGCGCUUGCAUUUUGGAACGAGUAUUAUCCACAAGUCGUGAUGGAGGCGACAAACAAUUGUUGCAACAUCACGAGCAUGGCGACAACAUGGAGGAUAUUUUCUCGCAGCAUAUACCUUAGCGGCAUGGUGGCUACGGUGGCGUUUCAUCACUUCUGGCUCUAGCUCAGUCACAGCGUAAAGUAUUAAAACGCUGAAUUAAAAAAAAAAAGUGUUGUUGCGCUCGCUGUUGUAUAUUUUUAAUAGACCUAUAACGAAAGACGAGACGACGUCGUCGGAUUUUGCAAUUUUAUAACAAGAUCUCUUCCUACACUCUACUUUUUAGAAAUAAACGCAGUAACAAUCUUGUUAUACUCUUGUAGAAUAUAUAUCUCACGAAAUUCGCAUUUUCUUGUGUGGAUAGACUCUACGUACGUAGUCGCGAUAAUCGUUUCACAAUAUUGUAAGCUUUUAAAUUGAGUUCCCGCACUAGUACGUCUGUAUCUAUUGCGACAUGGUAGUUAUAUUAAAUUUUCCUAACAUUCGCAUUUGAUCUCAGUGCGUAUAUCACAAAGUUAUUUUAUUCCGUUUUUAUCUUACAACUGUUAUUUGAUAUAGAUAUAGAUUAUACGAAACAAGGAAAAAUUAUCUACAGAGGCUAAUCACGCGAACGGCAGAACAUGGUUUACAAACGAGACAAAGGGGGCUCGGAAUGAAAUAAAAUGAAAUCCAGGUUGCAUUACAAGAGUAGGAAACUUGGGCCCUUUUUUUAACAUUCACUGAUUUUUUUUAUUAUUAGCCUUAAUAUGGAGAGAUAUAGAAAAACAUACUUUGUUUGAGAAACAAACAGUUUGAUAACUUAUGAAUAUUUUGAUGAUCCGAUAAUAAUUAAUAAUUAAUAUUAAUAAUAGCAAUAA